CAACCGUCUUCCUGAGUCUGCUUGCCACCUAACUCCAAGCUGAUUUUCGGCUGCGACAGACGAUCCCAAAUACAAAGUUGAUAUACCUACUGGCAAAAACUCCAGCCUUCAGGUUUACCCACCCCCAGUGAUCCAUUGGGCACAAGGAUUUCAAGAAAACACUCCACUGAUGUGUGAGAACAGCACCGAGAUUUGUCCUGAGGAAUACACAGACAUGGAAUACAAGAGAGCAGAAUCCGUGAAGGAAGUAAGAGCCGCGCGAGCCAAAGAGAGGCGUCUGGCCGCACUGCGUCGCCUGAGUGGCAAGAAAACACAGGCACGAAAAGUAGUGACAGAGGGACGGAACACUGAGUCCUUGAAGGGGCCGGAACAAAAUCAAUCCUUCAAAUACAGCGCACCUCAGACAUGUGACUCUGAGAACGAGGAUGAAGGACACAUUGAAAUUUCUAAGAUUGACUGGGUAACGGAGUGGCUGGACAAACAUUGCUUCUUUGAUGAGCAGGCCUGGGGCGCCGUCAUGGCCGGUGUUGAGGCCACGCCAGAGGAGAUGGAAAACGAACUCCAGGACAAACCCAACCCUCCUGUCGGUAACUUUAAAUUGGAUAGUAGCGAAUACACUUCACUAGACAACACCUGCCCCAAGAAAUUUCUCGCCGCCCUCACGCGCCUUAAUCACUUGCAAAAGUCACACGAUGAUAUCCUGGCACAGCUGACCUUCCCCAACAAAAUGGUGGUGCAACAUGUGACAUACAUCGUCAAGGCCUUCCUGAGACGCAUGUACUUUAGAAUGAAGGGCAAGAGCCACAAGAAACAGGAGGCCGUCAUGCGCAAGAUGCACUACGCCAUGCAGGGCAUCGUGCAUCGCUACUUCAAGCGGGGCAUGGAUAAGAAAGUCUAUUUACACAAAGCAGCGGAGAAGGACGAGUUUGAAAACUGGAGUGAUGAUGAGGAUGACGAGGAAGGUCGAGGCGAUGACGACCAGAUGGAAGAAGGAAACGUUAAUGAAACAAAAGACGAACAAUGUGACGAAGUUCAGGAAAACGAAGAGAACCGGUCAAAUAAUGAAGACGAAAUCCAAAAAUGUAAGGCAGCAAUUGAAGAGAUAAAGAUGGCGAAGAAGUUUGUGAGUAGCGCUGUCACGCUUCACGCACAGGCCCCAGAGACUCUGCUCAACACCAUGGAAGCGAUUUACAACGGAAAGGUGACGGUGGAGCACGUGCUCAAACACCCCCAAACUCUCACCCACCAGAAUGACCGCGUGGAAGGGAGCGUGCCUGGGAUGGAGGGCCAAGACGGUAACUCAAGCAACGAAGAAGACGACGAGGACGAGUAUUACAUCCCUGACGACAAGUCACACGCCAGCCUUGAGUUCUCCGACGACGAGAGAAUGCACUGCCACCUCUCAGACGUGGAGGAUGAUGAGUGUGAAACGGAUGACGCUUCUUGGGAUGAGGAGGACGACAGUGACGCUGAGAGUGAGGCCCGCUUGAGUCCCACUGAGUAUCCCUCAGAUGGCGAGGAGUCCAGUUCGGUUGAAGACGGCGAGUGCGGUGGUGCCAGUGAUGAUAAUAUAACAAAGAAAAGCCAGACAUCACCAGAGAAGGAGGUGGACUUCAAGCUGCUUAACAGACUUGCCGGCGAAUUCAGUGAUGGUAGCGAAGAGGAGGGGCACGAGAAGGCGGCGUGGAGGCGGAGUCAGGAUGUGAGCCGCACUCUGUGGAUGCAGGAAAUGGUCUCUGACUGCCCACUCAAAGACAAGACUUACAGUCAAGAAUUCCACUGCUGCCGAGCUCCUUUGUUCCCCAAGGUCAAUCUUUCAACACAUUCCAUUCAAGAGAAGGAAAAAAUUCUUGAACAGUUUAUGGAAAAGAAUGUCAGCAGAAACAUUCGCCGCUACGUCAUGAAAACAGUUUGCCGAAGGAAUUUCGCGAUAUUCAAAAAGGUGUGGCGGCGUGCCAAGGGCCUCAAGCGGUUCCCAGGCCUGCGCCUGGGCACACAGGGCACUGCAGUGUGGCAGUCUUUCAAGCGGCAGAAGGCCUACCUUAACGACUUCCUCAUGACAGAGAAAGAGGCCCUUCUUUACAGUUUGUCGCGGAAGCACAAAGUGUCGUGUGAAGAAAUCUUCCAAGCACAGGCGACGGUAGAAAUGCUCCGUAAGAAACGGCGACUCGCAGUCAAGAUUGUCAAGUUCCUGGACCAGCUCCCCAUCCGCCGCCUCGAGUACCUGAAUGUGCACGUCCUCGCAAAGGCACAGCGGGAAAAUGGAGGGGAGCCGCAAAUUCACUCAGACAUGACCUCCGUGUUGCUUUUUUUACAGACUGUGGCUACAAUGCAAGGACAGGAGUCGCCCUUUCCCUGUAACGGCCCUGUCUGCGAGAAGCUUCAAGGCUACGUGGAGAGCCUCGUUCACGAUAUCGACGACGAAUAUAAGUUCUUUUGUAAGGAAAAGGGAAAUCAGGCUCGCCGCGAGGAGGUCAAAGUAAAAUUGAAUAACAUGAGCAGAAACAAGUUGGAAAAGUACUUGUCUGUCGCGAAAGAAACUUAUCAGAGCUUGACGCGCAAGUUUCUGCAGCAGAAGCAUAAAUACCUUAAGAGACGCUUAUCGGAGCACGAGCUUAACAGUCUGUUCCCCUUGUGCCCCAAAGAUGACAUAGGUCUGAUGCACCUCCCUAAACACCAGAGGCUGCUACUGCUCACCCAACAUAACAACAAACAACUCAAGCUCCGGCGUGAUUACAUUAACAUGGUCAAGGAAAAGGCACGCCACACCAAGACAGUUCUGGCCAAAAUGAACAGGUUCUUGUCGCGGAGUUCGGCUCAAGACAUAAUUUUGAAAGUUUAUGACAUUCAGACGCAGGAGAGUGAGUGGGCACAGAGGAGCAUGGUGCUGGAAGAUGAGGCAAUAAGCUACCUGGAGGUGUCGCCGCAGGAGUACAAGGAGUCCACCAAGGACUCCCUCACAGGCCUCACCUGGGACAUCUGGAGUGACGAUGAGCAGGACAGUGAUUCGGACUGGAUGGAUGAAGGCUCAGAGGAAGGUGAAGGGGAGAUGAGGAAGGAAGAGGAGAUGGAACGAAAGGCUGACUAUACUGAAAACGAACCGUUGACUAUACAGAAAAUAUUCCGUGAGCUGCAUGUACAGUAUUAUCCUACAGGAAAUUACAUACUUAAAAAUCAGCAGGAUGUCCAGGAAUCCUAUCCAACUUCCUUCCCCUUCGAACAAAAACCCUGGGAGACUCCAGUCCACCACGCGAUCCUGGAUAGAUUCGUAACGUAUCUUAGCAACAACAAAUCCCAGACUGGCAGGCCGUUGAAGAUCGACUUUCGGAAAGAAAUACGUCGACUCUGGCACUACAAACCUAAAGGUUUCAUCAAGACCAUUCGAUGCUACGAGAACCUCAGCAAAACUUACAACAAGGAGCACAAGAAGACGUUACGAGCAUGGACGGUCACGAAGGCUGACGAAGACCACGAGCACCUAAAGCACCAUGAAUUCAAAGUGUCCUCGGAGUGCGAAGGCGAGACUCAAGCAACACCUACGAAAGAAAAAGAGAAAAUCAUUUCAAUGAAAAGGAAAUUCCAGGUAAAUGAAGACAUUACUCAUCAAUUUCUAAAUGCAGAGUCAAAGAAAAUUAAACUGGAUCACGAUGAACAUGAAACAAAGGAAAUGGAUACUGGAAAAAAAAUCAAAAGGAAAAUCGAGGAGAAUGAACAAAUUACGCAAAUUAAUAAAAAAAUCAAGAAUGGCGGAUAUGACAAAACUAUUAAUACGAUGUGCACCUCAGCAGAAGACGAAGAACAAAAAAAGUCAGUGAAAAGGCGAUUUCAAGAAGAAUGGGAUGUAAUGGAACACCCAAAAGACAACCUCAAAGAAGUUCAAAAUAAGAAAAAGAGGGUUUGGCGAGAAGAGAGUCACGAAUUUUGAAGUGGAAAACUUUGAAAGCAGUGAGGAUGUAGAAGGCUGAAGAGAAUAAGCAUGUGUAAACUAUAAAGACAAAAGUAAAAAAAAGAUAAAAGUAAAAAAUUUUAUUAAAAAUAAUUAUUAAGAAAUAACAAAAACAAAUAAGGAUAAGAGAAGAAAGAAUGACAAUAAACAAGAGAAAAUAUAUGAUUUGAUGGAAAAUAGAGAUACUAGAAAAAAAAAUAAUAAGACUAACGCUUUGUUGAUUGGAAAGAAAUUAAAUUUUGAAAAAAAUAGGCCUUGAAAAGAAAUUAAGAAUUUUACAAGAAAUAAAAAAAAAAAAAACGACUUGAUGGAGAAGGAGGAACAAAAGAAAAAGAACUUCAGUAGUGGAAAAUUAAUGAUUGCACAAAGCUAGAAUUUUGAAAUUCCCGAUCUUACCUCAUCGCCCCCCCAAAAAAAGGAGAAAAUUAAUGAGAACAGCAACAACAAAAUAAGGCAUCCUGGAAAUAGCGACCAAAAUCACGAGAAUAAUAAGAAAAAAUAGUUUUGGCUAAUUUUAAUAAGAUUUAAGAAAACAGACUAAAAAAAAAAAAGGAUCGACAGUCAAAAAUACUGAAAGCACUAAAACUUAUGCCAAAACACUACAACGAAAACAGAAGUCAAGCAUUAGUUACUUAAAAAGUUACUUAAAACAUUAAUAGAAGCCUUCAAGCACUAAAAAUGCAGUCAAAACAACAAAAAAAAAGUAAAAAAAUAGGCAAAACAAUAAAAAGACAAAAAAAAAAACAAGAGUAAAAACUUAGAAAAAAAAACAAUUAAAACAUUAAAAAGUGGUGAAAAUACUGAAAAAAAUGUCAAAACACUAAAAAGAAGACAAAAAUAUUACAAAAAGUGUCAAAACAACAAAAAAAAAGAAAUCAACUCUAAAACAAGAAAUCUAAACACUAGAAAAGUAGUUAAAACACAAAAAAAAAACACAAAAAGAAAAUAAAAAAACUAAAAACACUACAAAGGAGUCACAAGAGAAAAUGUUGUCAAAACACUAAAAAAAAAAAAAUGGAGUAAAACACUAAAAAAAGAAAAAAAAAGAAAAUAAAGAAAAAUUAGUAAAAAAUGAAUGAAAAUACUAAAAACUCAAAUAAGUCAAAACAUUACAGUGAGCCAAAAUUGAAAAAAAAAAUGAAGUGAAAAUAAAAAAAAGAAAAAAAUAUUAACAUAUUAAAAAAAAUUGCAUAUUAAGAGAAAAGUGUUAAAAUAAUAAAACAAAAAACAAAAAUAAACAAAAUGAAAAAAAGAAGUUUAAAAACUAAGAAAUAAAAAAAAAACAGUUAAAACACUAACUACUAAAGCUCAACACACUAAAGUAGGAGCCAAAACAAUAAAGAAACCAAAACAAUAAAAAAAAAUAUCAAAAGUCUAAAAUUAGAAUCAAAACACUAAUAAAGGAGUCGCAACACUAAAAAUUAAACUAGAAUAGAAAAAAAAACAUGAAGUCAAAACAUAAAAAAAAAAAAAAAUUGAAGCAAAAUAAUAAAAAAAGAAAAUGAGUCAAAACAUUAAAAAAAUGAAAUAGAGGUCAAAACAAUAAAAAGACAAUAACUAAAAAUAUUAAGAAAAAUAAUGAAGAUAUUUAAAAAAGGAUAAAAGGCAAAACACAAAAAAGAAAAAAAAGAAAUAAAUGGAGUCAAAAACACUACAAAAACAUCAAAACACUAAAAGGAAAAAAAAAGUAAAAAUAAACUACAAAAAUUCAAAACACUGUAAAAGUAGUGAAAACACACACACACACACACAAAAAUAAAUAAAUAAAUAAAUAAAAUAAAUAAAUAAAUAAAAAAUAAAUAAAAAAAUAAAAGUCAAAACAAAGAGGCAGGAGUAAACAAACAAAAAGUUGAAACACUAAAAAAAAGUAAAAAAAAAAGAAAAAUGGAGUGAAAACAUUAAAAAAAUCAAAAUACUAAAAAAAAUAUGAAAUAUACCCAGAACACGAAAUGGAGC